AUGAAAACGUUUCUAUUUUUGAGUAUAGUGAUACAGACUUUUGUAUUGCAAGCACGAACGAAUGAAUGUCAAUUGACGCUAAAUGAUGAUACUGUAUUUCAACAAAUUCCGAUCAAAACCGCUCGUCGAAUGACGAUUACUGGUCGUUUAUUAGAUUAUACAACGCAUUGUCAGAAAAGUAUAAAUAAUGCAAAGAUUGAAANUUCAUAUAAACAUUCAAAUAUGAAAACGUUUCUAUUUUUGAGUAUAGUGAUACAGACUUUUGUAUUGCAAGCACGAACGAAUGAAUGUCAAUUGACGCUAAAUGAUGAUACUGUAUUUCAACAAAUUCCGAUCAAAACCGCUCGUCGAAUGACGAUUACUGGUCGUUUAUUAGAUUAUACAACGCAUUGUCAGAAAAGUAUAAAUAAUGCAAAGAUUGAAAUUAUUUGCCUCCAGUUGAAUCACCGAUCAGCAUGUUCUGAUGUUCAUUAUACAGAUUCUCGUGGUUAUUUCAAUCUAACAACGGAUUUCAAACAGGAGAUGUUUUUACGAGUUACAGCACAAAGUUACCAAACGAUUCAUAAAAGAAUUCCUAUACCAUCGGAUCAUCACCCAUCAGAAGAAAUUGUCCUAGAUUGGCAGAUUGUUUUAACAACAAAGGUCGAUUCUAAUCAACGUAUGAAAUCGAUUGUUGAUAAACUCUUAUCUGAAAUGACAUUAGAUGAAAAAAUUGGUCAGUUAAAUCUCGAAGGUGUUGGAUUUAAUAACGAUGGUCCAAUUAUCAGUAAAGAAUUACGAGAGAAGUUGCAACGUGGUGAAGUCGGUGGUGUACUGGGUGUUUAUACUCCAAAAGCGGCUCGUAUAUUACAGGAACUUGCAAUAAAUAGUUCUCGCCUUCACAUACCUCUUAUUUUCGGUUUUGAUGUUAUUCAUGGACACAAAACAGUUUUUCCAAUUCCAUUAGCUAUGAGUGCGACAUGGAAUAUGACAUUAAUUGAACACAGUGCACGUAUUGGAGCUAUAGAAGCAACCGCCGAUGCUCUGAAUUGGGUGUUUUCACCCAUGGUUGACAUAGCACAUGAUCCUCGGUGGGGAAGAAUUUUAGAGGGCGCUGGCGAAGAUCCUUGGUUAGGCAGUCAGGUAGCGGCCGCGAUGGUACGUGGAUAUCAGGCAAACAAUUUGAGCCGUAUCGAUACAGUUGCGGCGUGCUUCAAACAUUUCGGUUUAUAUGGUGCAGCUGAGAGUGGCAGAGACUACAAUACGGUCGAUAUGAGUCCUAUACGAAUGUAUGAAUUUUACCUUCCUCCUUAUCGUGCUGCUGUUGAUGCGGGUGCUGGUAGCGUAAUGACAUCAUUCAAUGAAAUCAAUGGUGUUCCUUCAACAGCCAAUCAAUGGUUACUCACGGACUUACUUCGUGGUCAAUGGAAUUUUACUGGGUUUGUUGUGACAGAUUCAACAGCAAUUAGCGAACUGAUUGUUCACGGUCUCGGUAAUUUACAAGAAGUUAGCGCACGAUCGAUCAAUGCGGGCGUCGAUAUGGAUAUGGGUAGUGAUGCGUUCUUAACGACAUUGAAUCAAUCUGUACAGCAAGGAAAAGUAUCCGAGCAGACAAUUGAUCAAGCAUGUCGUCGUAUAUUGGAAGCGAAAUAUAAACUAGGUUUGCUGGACGAUCCAUUUCAUUAUGUGAAUGAAACACGUGCCCAAACGGAGAUAUUUACCAAAGAGAAUCGUUUAGCUGCAAGAGAUUUUGCUCGUCGUUCGUUUGUUCUCCUGAAAAAUGAUAAGCAAAUCUUACCGUUAGCACGAUCGAAUCUAACGAUCGCAUUGAUUGGACCGUUGGCCGAUGAUCAUAGAAAUUUACUUGGUGCAUGGAGUGGAGGUGGUGAUUGGCGACAAUCGGUAAGUGUUCUCGAAGGUAUAAACCAACUUGUGGGAAGUCAAAUUCAUGUUUUACAUGCCAAAGGAGCAAAUCUUCUUGAAGAUCCAAUGAUGCUCAAAUUAUUAAAUGCCUACGGUGGCGAUAUUGUCUUGGAUAAUCGAACAGCUGCAGAAAUGAUUGACGAAGCGCUUGCAAUGGCACACAAAUCAGAUGUGAUUGUUGCUGUCGUUGGCGAAACUCAAGGUAUGACUGGUGAAGCAGCGAGUCGAGCUGAUAUUGGACUACCUGUAUGUCAGCAACGUUUACUUCAAGCAUUGUUCAAUGCCAGCAAACCUGUGGUGAUCGUCUUGAUGAAUGGACGACCGUUGACUUUAACGUGGGAAGAUCAGUAUGCCACAGCAAUUCUAGAAACAUGGUUUGCGGGGACAGAAACAGGCAAUGCUAUCGCUGAAGUACUCUUUGGAUUUUAUAAUCCUGCUGGAAAGAUAACAGCAACAUUUCCACGUUCAGUUGGACAAAUNCGUUUACUUCAAGCAUUGUUCAAUGCCAGCAAACCUGUGGUGAUCGUCUUGAUGAAUGGACGACCGUUGACUUUAACGUGGGAAGAUCAGUAUGCCACAGCAAUUCUAGAAACAUGGUUUGCGGGGACAGAAACAGGCAAUGCUAUCGCUGAAGUACUCUUUGGAUUUUAUAAUCCUGCUGGAAAGAUAACAGCAACAUUUCCACGUUCAGUUGGACAAAUACCACUCUAUUAUAACCACAAGAACACAGGCCGUGCCUUCAAGGGGACCCCACCCCUUUCUGGGGAACUCCCGCCCCGUCUCCGGGGACCCCCUCCCUCUUUCUGGGAUUUCUCACGAACGGUCGAGCGAAAUUUUAGGAAAGUUUCAGGAGUCGAUAUUUGNCGUUUACUUCAAGCAUUGUUCAAUGCCAGCAAACCUGUGGUGAUCGUCUUGAUGAAUGGACGACCGUUGACUUUAACGUGGGAAGAUCAGUAUGCCACAGCAAUUCUAGAAACAUGGUUUGCGGGGACAGAAACAGGCAAUGCUAUCGCUGAAGUACUCUUUGGAUUUUAUAAUCCUGCUGGAAAGAUAACAGCAACAUUUCCACGUUCAGUUGGACAAAUCCCACUCUAUUAUAACCACAAGAACACAGGCCGUGCGUUUAAGGGGACCCCACCCCUUUCUGGGGAACCCCCGCCCCCUCUCCGGGGUUUCUCAGGAACGAACAAAAUUUGUCAUGGGCGUAAAGUUCCCAGACCCCGUCUUCAUGGACUUCUGGAGGUCCCAAGACCCGAAAAUCCACAGAUUUCAGUAUUUUCGGCUGAAAUUUAUACUGUAGAUGGAGAUCCAAAUACUGAAGACACCCUGGAAAAGCUAGCUUUUCAGGAUGCUAAAAAUUUUCCCGAUCCUACCAAAUUUCUUUGUGAUUUCCUCGAUCGAUAUAAAAGUCGAUAUUUGGAUAUACCGAACGAUCCUUUGUAUCCAUUCGGCUACGGUCUCAGUUACACAACAUUCAGUUUUGGCCCGCUGAAUGUUGAUAAAACUGAACUUCACGGUGAUUCAGAUCAGUUAACGAUUCGUGUUGUUUUAAGUAAUAAUGGUUCGUACGAUGGCGAAGAAGUUGUUCAAUUAUACAUCGGCGAUCCCGUUGCAAGUGUAACGCGUGCUGUACGGGAAUUAAAAAAUUUUCAAAAAAUCUUUCUUCAUGCUCGAGAACGACAAGAACUUUCGUUCCUCGUCACAACAGAAGACUUGAAAUUUUUUGACUCAAACCUCAAUUAUGUUUGGGAAGAGGGCAUUUUCAAUAUCUAUAUUGGUCCUGACUCAGUCAAUACUCAGUCGGUCCAAGUCAUGUGGUUCAAAUCAUAA